AUGGGAGAUAGUCCGGUUGUGGAUCCGGUUGAGGAAUCCAGAGUUGUAGACGAUAUCUGGAAUUUGAAAAGGGAAAUUAUCGAUGACUUUUCACCAGAAUUCACCUAUUUCCAGCCGGUGACUUUGACCAAUUUUCAGCAAGUGAUCAGUAUGUUAGUAAAGGAUGCGAAAACCGAACGACAAGGUCAGAAGAGUCGAGAUGUGUUACCGAGACUAUGUUCGGUGUUAACAAUGUGA